GUGCAGUUGCAACUUGUUCACAAGGGGUGAUUUCAUGUUAAAAAUUAUUUAUUUGUAGUUCAAAGAAAAACUACAUACAAUAUUUUAUUUUGACUGUCAUUGAAAAACGUUAAAAGGAUGUUUAUAUAAAUUCACGAGUAUCCAGAAUAUUAUUUAUGAAAGAUUUAUGAGUUUUGGUCGUUUAUGUAUAUGUUAUAAAAAGUAUCAAGUAAUUGGAAUAAUAUGGCAAGAUCUACUAAAACUGCACAGGAAUUUAUUCAAGGAUCUUUUUCACCAAUUAUUGCGAUUUUGUGCAGCCCAAAAGUUGAUAAUGUCGUAUCCAAAAACAAUUUAUCUUUGGCAGAAUUAUUCCAGCCAUUUGGUAAAAUGGAUUGGGAAGGACAAUUUAGAGAACCUGGUGGAAAUAUGUGCACAGUAAAAAACUUAAAACUCAUUAUAAGAGAUGUCAAUUGGAAGCCAUUGCAACCAAUGGAAGCUAGAAAGCAACUGAACAAUUCAGUAUUAUAUAAUUUUAAUGAUAAAACAGUGUCUCUUGAGUUGGAAGGUCGUAAAUUUGAUGUACCUAAGUCUACUCCAUGGUUUGAUGCUUGGAGGGAAACUUACUUGGAAGUUCAAUUUCCAUCAGAUCAUGAAUUCACAAAACAUUUUUUAUCAUGUAUCAUUGUGGGGACAACUAGUGAAGACAAUGUUAUUGACUGCUUCAAUGCUCUUAACCAACAAUAUGCGCAGUUACAAAAUGUUUCACCCCCCAAACUGCCUAAAUGGUUCAAUAGUGGAGUACUGAAAUCUUACCUGCUUUUACAUGAUGUGUCAUCUGUAUCUAAAGAGAAGGCCGAAAGUUCCUUUGAGUCAUUGAAACAGGCAUUUGGAGCUGGGAAUUGCUUUUUGUUGGCUAUCAAUUCAAAAACAAAUACUGAUGCAAAUUUAUCUACAGAUUUAUGGACACAGUUCAUAAAGAGGCCAUUGGAAUCUAAUAUGGAAAUGUCAUCCUCAUUGACCUCUAUCGCCGGAUCCCCGUUGGAACCACCAGGUGUGUCUCCAACUGCAGGUAAAGAUCUUGGAAACAUUACUUCUUCUAAUCAAGAAGUUUUACACCCAUUAACUACUUCUGAAAAUGAUGUCUACGACAACGCCAACAGCCUACAGACACACUCUUUUUCUGGCAGUUCGGAAAGUGUAAGCGUUACAGGCAGAAAUUUAGAUUUUUCUAGUGAAAUUCAUGGAGCAGCUUUAAAUGCCACAGAUAUUGAAAGUAUAAAGAAGUUCCUCCAAGAAUAUACAUCGAAAGCGCUGUUGCCGUAUUUAGAAAAACUAAUAUCACAGCUUUCUGAAGUAGUUGCAAAUAGAAAAGGAGUAAGCAGGUCUUUGCUUUCUGCUACUAAGAGAUGGUUUGGUACAGGGAAAGGUGGUAACACCACUGUAAAUAACACAGUCAUAUAUUCCAAUGACUGUCCAGAACUGCAACUGCGCCGUUUAGGUGACCUAUGGUUUUUGUGCGGGCAAUGGCAGCGCGCAUUCGACACUUACCAUACAGCCAAGCGAGAGUUUUAUGCGGAUAGCGCCUGGUUAUGUUACGCGGGCGCGCUCGAGAUGGCCGCCAUCAGCGCUUUCAUGGCCGGGGACGCUAAUCGAAAAACCCAUGGCUAUAUGGAAGAGAGCAUCACAACUUAUUUGAACACCUGCCGUAUGGUGCAGUAUGCAGUUAGGGCUACACUGUUAUCAGUUUUAUGCCUAAGUAGUUCUGGAUUACACGGUGAAGCAGCCAAGCAGUUGAUUCGAAUGACAUCAGAAGACAGCGACUUGCGGAGUGCUAUGUUACUAGAGCAAGCAUCACUUUGCUUCCUUUCGGGCCCAGGCUCCAAAGCCAUGUGCAGAAAAUAUGCUUUCCACAUGGUAUUAGCUGGCCACAGAUUUUCAAAAGCGGGACAGAAAAAGCACGCGUAUAGAUGCUAUGAACAAGCUUAUCAGGUGUACGCGUCGAGCGGUUGGCGUUUGUCGACGGACCACGUUCAGUUCGCGCUGGGGAGGCUCGCGGGGGCCCUGAAGCGCACGCGCGACGCCGUGCAGUGGCUCGCCGCGCCGCUCGCGCCGCUGCCCAACUCCGCGCUGCAGCCGCCGCAGCAACAAGACGCCUUCCUCAGGGAGUACGUGACGGCGCAUCAGCAAUGGCUUGAAAACAGCGAAGAAUUCAAAGAUCACUUGCCAGUUUUACCUUUGCCGCUGUUAGAGCGUUCAGCCACUGCUGUUCUGAGUGUAGGCCCCGCUCCCCUGUCUUCCCCAGGCAGGGUCCCGGCUACCUCAAUAACCCUGCAACGGGCAACCCAAGACGAGAAAUAUUGGCACAAACUUGAAGAGAUGAUACUGCAAGUAGCACAAGGCGCAGUUCCCAUGAUCUUUAAGCCGACCGUGGAUUUGUACACUGCGGAAACUGAUGCCAAUCCGAUUGUACCAAGAGGAGAGCCAAUACAAAUAUCAAUAACAUUAAGAAAUCCAUUAAAAAUAACACUAUUACUGAAAGAUUUGGAAUUGCUUUGGGAAUUUGAACCAAAUUCCCAAGACCCUCAGAAACCCGAAGACAUUUUAAGUAAUGAGCCAGUAGUAGCUGCGGGUAAUGUUAUAGAAAGUAACGUUAUUUAUGGACCAAAAAUAAAAUCUGUCAUUAUGGAGGGAGAUUGUACUAAAGUUUUAACAUUCUCUGUGACUCCUUUAAAAGUUGGUCAAAUAUGUGUACACGGCUUAGCUUACAAGUUGAUGAACGCGGGAGAGGGAGGUAAUACUAAUGGAAAUAGUGUGACCAUAUCAGGGAAAGUAAACCUUGUGUCUGCUGAAAACAACACGGAUAAACGUUUAUUCAUAAAAGUUAUACCGGAGGCGCCAUGUUUACAGAUGACGUUCUCAGAUACUAAUACGGACGUGAUAUCCGGAGAGAUGCUCACGAUCGACGUGGAGUUCCGCAACGUGGGUCCGGUGGACAUGAGGGACCUGCACAUAGCUGUUUCUCACCCAGAAUGUAUCGCUCUGCUCACAGAAGCACAACAGACUGACGACUUUAGAGAACUGUAUGAUGAAAAGUAUAAAGAAGUACCAGUGUUUUCUGACGAGCGCGCCGCGCGCUCUUACUACUGGCGCGCGCAGUGCUCGCGGCACGUGCGCGCGGGCCCGCCUGCGCCGGCGCGGGGCGCGUGCGCGCGCGCGCGCCUGCUGGUGCGCCCGCGCCGCGCCGCCGCGCUGCGCCUGCUCGCCUACUACCGCACCGGCGACGGCACGAGGCCCUAUCGCCUGCUCAGGCACGUCUUCCGGUUCCAAGUCACGGAAUCCGUUGAACUGUCGAUAACUCCACGCCGUAGUUUGAGGACUAUCGACCAAAAAACAAUCGAGAACAUGUGCUUAGCUGUAGAAGUUAAAAACAUAAGUCACGACAAAGAUCAGAAUAUUGAAGUUAAAGUCAUGGAGGCUUCCCUACUAAGCAGAAAUUGGAGGCUCACUGAUCUAACUGCGGCUAAAGAUAGAGACGAUCCGCUCAGCGCCCACGAGCGAUUACAUCUUAUCUUCAAAGCUAGUAGAAUUUUCGGAGAUAUUGCUGACGAAAAAGUUGAAUACAGCUGCUUGAAAAUAUCAAAAGGACACCCAGAAAGUGUGCCAGAUAUCAACCAACCACCUUAUUCGAAAUUUUUAUUGGAUUCUAAUUCUUCGAUCACCGAUCCAAUAGUAACAGAAAAAGAAAAUAAUGAGCCUGGACUGAUUCGAUCUAUGUUCGUUCUAAGAUGGCUAGUUCAUGAUAAAAUGAGAAAUAGAACAGCCAUAGGACAGCAUUGUAUUUGGCUAGAAUGUUUCACAAAAACUUUGUCAAAUGAUAAAGAGAACAUUUCACCGCAUUUGCCUUCUUUACAUCUUGACGAGGCAAUCGAAAGUCAAUCGGAAUUGCUUGAAGCAAAAAAGAAAACUAACACAGAUAAUGCUGUCCUUUUCAAAUUAGAACACAAUAGGAAAAUCAGUCAUAAUUUCACAGAAAAGAAACUAUGUGUGGUACCUAUUACAAUAAAUAUCGUCAAUUGCUAUGAAGUUCCCGUGGAGAUUUUUAUAGAUAUGUCUAAGCAACCUAACAGGGAAUCGUGCGGGUUGGGCUGGGCGGGCGCGCUGAGCGGCGCGGCGGGGGCGCCGGAGCCGGGCGUGAGCGUGCGCCUGGCGCGCCUCGAGAGCCGCCGCGUGCGCGUGCGCGCUCUGUGCGCCGCGCCCGGCUGCUACCUGCUGGGGGCCGCCUUCACCGUCUCUGUGCUCGACGCCGCGCCCACCACGCAUCUCACGGACAAUACGUCUCUGCUGAUCGUCACUGAUACUUCUUAAUACAUGGAUGCCGCCCCAACUACGCACCAUGCUGAUGUCACCUCUGAUGCUCGUCAGUGAUGCUUCUUAGUACAAGAAUGCCACCCCAAUACACACCUUGUAAAUAACACCUCUGAUGAUUGUUUUAAUACGAGAACUCAUUUUGUCAUGUACAGCUACCAUUAUGAUUAUCUAAUUAAGGAUGAUAUAAUGAAAAAUGUGAUUUGUUCAAAGGCACUAGCUUUCGCCCGUGGCUCUGUCAAAACCUAGUAUCUUAUAAAAAUCAUCAAACAUAUUUGUUUCAUAUAAUCUUGAAAAAAGAAGAAUCUUGUUUGUCAGAUCUUCCAAUUUCAGUUUUAAACUUCAAUUAUUUACACAUCAAAUUCACCUCCAUUACACUGCAUUUCAUUGCAAAUGUAAAGUUGAUAACUGUGAGCAAAUGAAAAAUAUUAAUACUUAUAUUAAAUGUAAUUUUAAAUAUCUUAUAAAGCACGCAUUAUAAAUAAUAUAGAAAAUAUUUAACUAUUUGUAAAUUAGUAAUAUAUAUUUAAUCCGUUGUUCAAUUUCUAAUAAAUAUUUUAAAACACGUACAAUUAUCUAAUUUUGAAUCUUCUCAUUUAGUGCGCCAGUUAAAUUUUCAUCCACCACGGUAAAUUGUUUAUAAAAUUUCAGAACCGUCACGUUCAAUGAAUUUUCGAUAGGUACCUAUACCUUUAUUUUUUUCGAUAGGCACCACUUCUAAUUGUCGACUUCACCUCAAAAUGGAAAAGAAACUUGCUGCCGUACCUUUAUCGAAUAAUAGUGAUUAUAGCUACACGGCUGUUUUACGAUAAGCGAUAGCUACUUGUUCGAUAGCUAAUGUUAAGCAUAACCUAUACAGUAUGUUAAAUAUAUCUGUUGUUGAUGCAUAUUUUGUUAAUUUAAAAAUCUCCAAAUUUGCCUACCUCAUCCACCUCUUCAAAUCGCUUUCCUCGUGGAACAAUGGUAUACAUUAACACUUCCAAAUUUCAACGCUAUUCCCGCGUCAAUACUACUGCAUGCGCCGCGCCAACCGCAGCCUUGCUUUCCUUGCCUUUUCUUGUCUCUCAAGCGAUGUGCGAUGUGUAUGUUCAUUCCUAGGUAUGUAGCUAACUGUAAAUUUUUGUUUCUGCUACAUUGUACCAAAGUCGAAUUCCUCGACUGCCCCUAUGUAUGUAUGCUUAGAUAUUUAAAACAAGACAACGGAUUUUGAUGCAGUUUUUUUUUAAUAGAUAAAGUGAUUCAAGGCGAAUCGCUAGUGUUUUAAUAUAUGACAUCUCUCUCUUUUCCGUGAAUCGCUUUACUGUUUAAAGUGUAUCUGCUAUUGUGGUGCAAAAUUAAAAUACUAGUAUUGCUAUACUGGAGCUUUUUCUCAUAACAAGAUAUAUAUAGAUCAACAGAUAAAACUUAUAACAAGGGUAAAAUACUAGUGUUCGAUAUAAAAUAAAUCUGUGAUUUAGCUUUAAUAAUAAGCUCAACCUGUAUAUCAUGUUUAAAUCAAAUUUUCAAUAUAUGUACAUAACUUCAGUGCAGCAGUAGGUAUUAAACAGGUACAGCACAGAGAGGGGAAAAUGUAUAAGUUUACUCAUAAGAUAAUAAAUUAACAAUGAAAUUAAAUAUUGUUUUAGCUUUG